AUGGUCAGCGUUGGCUGUGCAAAUGGCGCAUCGGCCGCAAGGUCGUUCAUCCAAAUCGCGAAGCGUGGCUACUCAACCGCUGCUGCGAGAUCAUCCGCUCCUCUGGAGUUUCUACUUCCCCGAACUGUCUCGACAACCCAUUGCCACGCUGCCUUUCUCUUACGGUCGACGAAAACUACCCGUGCAGGGCGUGCGUCCUUGCGAGGCACCCCGUUCAGCGGUGGUCUACGGCAGUCGCAGAAGCGAACUUUCACGGCGACAGCGGCUCGACAGGCCACAGUGUGUGUGCUUAACCCUCAAAAAGACGAAGAUGGAAAUGAAAUGAUGUUGGAAAUUACCCCAAGAGCGGCAAAGGUUUGGCAAUUGGUAUUCAAUGUCCGAAGGGCGCCCAUGCUAAUGUUUUCUACGUUGCAGCGAUUGUCACAAAUCAUGAAAAAGGACGACAAUCCCAAUCUCGCACUUCGCAUCCAGGUAGAAAGCGGGGGCUGUCACGGCUUUCAGUAUCUAAUGAGCCUAGUCACCAUACCACCGAAAGACACGGCAGAAUGGCCGACAGUUGUAAACGAAGACGACACCAUCUUCCAAUUCUCGGACGAAGCGGACACGACAAGUUCAUCUGAGCAUGGCCCUAGAAUUAUAUUGGACGAACCGUCUCUGGAUCUGCUAAAGGGGAGCAAGGUGGACUUUACCAUGGAAUUGAUUGGGUCACAAUUUAAGAUUGUUGACAAUCCGUAUGCUACAAGUAGCUGUGGUUGUGGUACAAGCUUCGAUAUCAAGAUGUAG